CGGCCCUCAGCGAAAAUGGCGGCAGUGGAGAAGCGGCGGCCGGCGGGGACACCGGCGGGCAGUUUCACGGACAGUGGCCGCCCGUCGGUGUCCCGGACGGCAGCAGCGGUCGAGAGCGAGGAGGACUUCCUGAGACAAGUCGGAGUGACGGAGAUGCUGCGCACAGCCCUGCUGAAAGUGCUAGAGGCGCGGCCCGAGGAGCCCAUCGCCUUUCUGGCACACUACUUCGAGAACAUGGGCCUGCGCUCACCGGCCAACGGCGGCGCUGGAGAACCCCCAGGGCAGCUCUUGCUGCAGCAGCAGCGCCUAGGCCGCGCUCUGUGGCAUCUUCGCCUGGCUCAUCACUCGCAGAGGACAGCCUUCAAUAACAACGUCAGCGUGGCCUAUGAGUGCCUGAGCAAGAGCGGGCGCAGGAAGAAGCCGGGGCUGGACGGGAGGACCUACAGCGAGCUGCUGCGGCACAUCUGCCGGGACGGCCAGGCUCCAGAGGAGGUGGUGGCCCCCUUGCUGCACAAGAUCCAGUGCCGUGAUCACGAAGCGGUGCCGCUGGGCGUGUUCCGGGCUGGCAUGCUCACCUGCUUCGUGCUGCUGGAGUUCGUGGCUAGGGCCAGUGCCCUGUUCCAGCUGCUGGAAGCCCCAGGCCUGGCCACCAUUGACCGCCGUGUGGGCCAGGCUGUGCUGGACACCCUAGAGGGUGCCCUGGGUGCCGGGGACCAUGCCACCACCCCUGCCUGCUACCUGGAGGCUGGCUCACGCCUGGGGCCAGACAGCCUGGCACUGGCCAUGGACCGAGCAGCAGCUGGGAGGAGGCCCAGCUCCCCCAUGGCCCGGGAGGAGUUCCUGGAGAAGGCGGCUGCUCUCUUCAUCGCCAAGGUCAAGCCAGUGGGUUGAGCCCACUCUGUGCACCCCAGACCCCAACCCUAACCAGGACCUGGGACAGCAGCCAGCCGGGACUCCACGCCUCCCACACCUGCCCAGCCUCCUGCCUGCCCUGGGCCCUGCUCAGCAGAAAUAAAACCUGUGUCUAGGCCACC